UUUCCGUAUUUGACGACAAACCGGAAAUAAAAAGUCAAGGAAUUGCUUCGUUGUCUAGAUUACGUACUACUCAAUUUUGUACCGUAAAUGCAGUAACUGUAUGAAUUCCAUGCGACUCUUUUACUAAAUAUUUUCAAUAUUUUUAUUUUGAAGAGAGCCGCUUUAGUGGAGUGUGUUUUGCCUUUUGUGUAGGGCUACCCCUGGCGGAGCAGCGAGUCCAUACAGUAUCCAUGCUAGCUUUGCUAGCUUUGCUAGCUGACCUGUUCAAAGAUCCUUUUUGGUGACUGCAUACGACCAGCAGAUCUUUUCGUUCGGUGACCAGAAUGUCGUUUGGCAGGAGAACAUCGUGGGUUUGUCUUAUUGCUGCUGCGGCGACUAUAGUUUUGCUGAAAGCUGUUGUUGCUCAGGCAAAGAACUUUGAAGACGUGCGCUGCAAGUGCAUCUGCCCACCUUACAGAAACAUCACCGGACACAUCUAUAACCGAAAUGUCUCCCAGAAGGAUUGCAACUGCCUCCAUGUGGUGGAUCCCAUGCCGGUUCCGGGCCAUGACGUGGAAGCCUACUGUUUGCUGUGUGAGUGCAAGUACGAGGAGCGAAGCAGCAACACCAUCAAGGUGACAAUCAUCCUCUACCUGUCUGUGGUGGGCGCACUCUUGCUGUACAUGCUCUUUCUCCUUCUGGUUGAUCCUCUCAUCCGCAAGCGUGAUGCCUACACCCAGCCUCUGCACAACGAGGAGGACUCCGAGGAGAUGCGUCCGCAGGUGGACAGCAGCCAGGUGAGAGGCAACACAGUUCUGGAGCGGGUGGAGGGGGCACAGCAGCGCUGGAAGAAGCAGGUGCAGGAACAGCGUAAGACCGUCUUUGACCGCCAUAAGAUGCUGAGUUAAAGUGAUGCUGAUGUUGGAUCUUCAUUGUCAUCUUCUCGCACGACCGCUCUCGUCACCGGCUGCACUUUCUUCAUUUCUCUGCAUGCUUAGAACCGCUUGCUAUAUCCCUGACUAUUUUGAGGUUUUUCCAAAAAUGAUGACUGUUUUGUUGAGUCCUAAGACAUUGAAAGUGGGGUUGUAUCCAGCGUUGUGGUCAUAAGCAACAGUAAUGUUAUGAGACGUUAGACUACAUUACCUUUCACACCGCAUGGGGACUGGCUACUGAGCCAGCACAGCUAAGCUGACAUGCCGGUAGAGCGGGGGGGAGGUUAUCCUCUCAUUAUGUGUGAAAGUGGUACUUUUUGGGCUUAGUAGUUAGCCUGGUAGCUUGCUAUGCUAAUGACGGCCGUCUGUUAUGUCCGCAAUGAUCCUGUUACAAGUCAUCGACACGUUUUUUAUGCUCAAACUAUGAAAAUAUUCAGUUUAUUCAUAUCCUACUUCUUGGAAAUUCACUCAUUCUGGUUGGUUGUGUGUUAACAAAUGAACAGUGAUAAAUGAGGGACGACUGUAGUAGUAAUUCUAUGAUGAUUAUGCCUUUCUCUGAUGUUUCUUUGAGCAACGCGUGUACAAAGUGUCUUUGGGUCAUUCCCACCCCCCACUUUGAAAUACUAUCUACGUAUUUAUUUAUCUAUACUGUACAGAAGGAAUGUUGUUUCAAACAGAGUGGAUGUUUCAAAUGCCUGCUUCUAAUGCCGGAUGAGGUUGGUGGUAUUAAACGUAGCCGGUCCUGUGCCCCCAUAGCAAAGUCCUGCAUCAGCUGCAAUGAAAACCACAGCUACACCAUUACACUAAAGUCCACAUCCACAUUUGGUACUAACAUGCGAUUCAUAGCUUUCAAAAUGAACACACGAUGGAGUCUAUGAUUAGGUUUUAGUAGAGUGCAUGUCAGUUGACUGUCUUGUAUUAAAACAGGAACCGGUCCUGAUGUUUUAUUUAGGAGUGCAACAUUCCAAUGCAAAGGGAGACACUGAUAAGGAAGCUCUUCCAGAAGAAGUUGCGAAUGCUAAAAACUACUGUGCAAUGUUCAUGGCUAGCUAAAGUCACUGGAAUUAUAAUUCAUAAAAACAAUCGGCAACAGUGUUUUUCAUCUAGCAAUUAUUUGUGAAAAGGUAUUGUUCUCGCCACUGUUUUGUAUAUAUACUUAUGUCACUGGAAGUGUGCAUGUCUGUACAUUCAUCUUCAUGCAAAUAAGACUAAAAUGGGUGACUGCAAAUUGUUGGUGCUUCUACUUCUGUUUGUUUUACCAAUGAACUGUUAGUGGAUAUUAGCGCUAGAGGGCGCCAAAGUACAUGGCAUGCCUGACCAUAGUCAUGGUAGCUAAGGUACUUGGUCCCUAAGCAAAAUUCACCUUUCCUGCAGCUCUGCAAAAAUGUCAUUCAUUCACGAUCCUCACGAUGGUCCUGGGCGUGCUGGAGCCUAUCCCAGCUGUCUUUGGGCGAGAGGCGGGGUCCACCCUGGACUGGUGGCCAGCCAAUCCCAGGGCACAUAUAGACAAACAACCAUUCAGUUUUCUCUGGAAUACCCGGAGAACAUGCAAACUCCACACAGAGAUGCCUGAGGUGGAAUCGAACUGUGUGGCCUGCAUGCUAACCACGUGCUAAAAAUCGAUCAAACAAAUCAAGAUAUAAUGUAAUAAUAUUAUAAUGAAUGAAAAAGAAUACAUGUAAUAGAAAUAUAAUGAGAAUA